AUGUCUAGUGCUCAACAACAUAUUGUUAACGCCCAUUUUAAUGGAAGUGUUGUUGUAUCAGACGAAGUGGGUUUGAUAUUUGAAAACACUGACGUAAUUCGUUUCGCUGUUAAUAGAAGAUCAUCAUUCCAACAUUUCAAAGAAAGGGUACAGAUGAAGUUGCAAGCUGGAUCAGUGUCACAGAUGAUGUACAAAAAUGCCGUCCGUUUCAGCGACAAUCACUUUAAAUUUGUUCCACUGAAGAUUCGUGACGACGAGGAUGUUGAAACGAUGUUCUCGAAUCAUGAAUGUUGUGGGUUUCAGUACAUUGAUUUAUAUAUAACAUUCGCACAAGUUCAAGAAACGCAGACUUCUCAGGUGAUCAAUCCAUCCAUAAUUCCAUACGAAGAUGUUGAAGACGGAGACGGCGAAGAAGAAAACGAGGCACAAGUUGAUGAUUUAUAUACUACCUUGUUUGAGGAAGGGAUCGAAGUCAACAUAGAUGAUCAAUGUGUUCCACUUCAAAAUGUAUUCAUCCCACCAGCGCAUAUGACAACCCUGCCACUAAGCGUAGAAGGAACAUCAUUUGAUUGGCCACAGAAUCCUCGUUUUCCCGCGGAAGGUGACUUAGAAGUCGGAUACCAAUUUAAAAAUAAAGCUGACUGUGUCGCUGCCAUUAAGCAAUACCACAUGAAACACUGUGUGGAUUACAAAGUGAUAGAUUCCGACAAGAAGAGAUACAUAAUUUGUUGCAGGAAUGAUUCCUGCAAGUUCCGUCUCGUGGCGUCCUACCGAAAAAGAAGUGAGUUGUGGGAGAUAGGCAUUAUGAACCCACCCCAUAGUUGUUCAACAACUUUGUUCAAUCAGGAUCAUCAAAAACUAACCUCACAGUUAAUGUCUCAAAAGUUAAUGCCUUUUGUAGACAGAGAUCCUUCUAUUAAGGUUAGUGUUUGCAUAAGUAAAAUUGUUUCCGAAUUCCAUUUUACUCCGUCUUACAGAAAGACAUGGAUUACAAGAAAUAAGGCAAUUGAACAAGUCUACGGUAACUGCCUCAAGGUUAUGAAAGAAGAAACAACAAAAUCCAGCACGCAUCAAGUAAGAAUUUUUGACUACAGGAACAAUGUUUUCAGUGUGCAAGAGACAAUGGACCAUGGUGAGGGGAAACCUAUGGGACAUUAUAAGGUCGACCUCUUGAACGGGUGGUGUGACUGCGGAAAGUUUCAAGCAUUUCGUGUCCCUUGCUCACAUGUUACCGAUGCAUGUUCGAAUGUGCGCCACGACGCUUACACUCUUUUGUCCGACGUUUAUAGGGUUACAAACCUAUUUGGGGUUUACAGCGCAAGUUUUCCAGUGAUGCCAUGCGAUGAAUAUUGGCCUGUUUAUGAAGGAGAUCAAAUUUGCCAUAACCCAAGAAUGCGAAGGAACAAGAAAGGUCGCCCUGUAAGCACACGUAUUACAACAGAAAUGGAUAACUUUGAUAAGCUUGAGAGAAAAUGUUCCAUGUGUCGUCAAACGGGACACAAUCGCACCCGGUGUCCCAAUGUGGGAACAAGUAGUCGUUAG